AUGGUUUUCGUACCCGACCCGAAUUUUCUUCCACCCGUACCGAGAACUUUUGGUUCAAAUUCAUCAUUGUUUCCACUACCGAUGACAUCAGACAAAAAUUUUGAUAUUAAUCAUUUAAUGAGAAACUUUCCAUACGAUCAAUAUAUGUGGACGAUUGGAACAGCUUAUGGUGUUGAAUUAUUAACAGAUACAACUUUACAUAUAAAACCAAUAGAACAAAACGAUUCACCGUCGGCUGCAAUUAAAUGUCGUUUACAUAUCGAUAUAAAGCCAUUAGAAUUUGAUCUACCAUAUGUACGUUUUUCAUUAGAUAGGGAAUCUAUCACAAUUUUAAUGGAAACAGAUGGAGUACUGUUGUCUAAACCAGACAAGGAAACGCUACUGAAAACAUAA